AUGGCUGCAGCACAUAGCUCGACGCCGGAGACCCUCGCGGCACCUCUCAUGGCAGGCGAACGGUCUUCAUCUUCGCCUUCACCCUCUCCAUCGCCUUCGCCGGGUUCCGUACACCCACCAUGGAGUCGACCGCAUACCGGCUUAGGCAGAGACAGGAGACGGAGCUCUCUCUUUGGUAUGCCUUCUGCUACAUCAGAUCCAACGGGCUUUCGUGACCGGGCAAUCGACCGGAUGGGACGAUCAUACCAGCGGGUAUCGGAAACUUUUGGGAAGAUGACCAUAUUACAAAAGAUAGGGACUGUAUUUGCCGGACUCGGUGUGAUCGCCCUUGGGCUAGGCUUCAUGUUUGUUACGGGCCAGAUAUUCGCAUGGCUGGGCCCUGUUGCCAAAGACUGGGAGAAUGCACCGCUGGCAUACUUCAUAUUGUGGCUUUGUACAUUUUUGAUGUCUUUUCCCCCGAUGGUGGGCUGGUCGACUGUUGGAACGGUGUCAGGCUUCAUAUUCGGCGUCUGGAAAGGAUGGGCGAUAUAUGCGUGCGCCACUGUUAUUGGGUCGACAUGCUCCUUUUAUGUAUCACGCACCGUCUUGUCUAAGUUUGUUCAAAGGCUUAUGAAGCACGACAAACGGUUUGCUGCACUAUCAUUGACCCUCAAGUAUGAUGGCUUAAAGCUAUUGUGCAUGAUUCGAUUAUGCCCCUUGCCGUAUUCACUAUGCAACGGCGCAGUCUCGACCUUCCCCACCGUGAGUCCGCUCAUGUACGGACUUGCAACGGCCAUCAUCUCCCCCAAGUUUCUUGUUCCUACCUUUAUUGGAAGCAGAUUGAGGAUCCUGUCAGAGAAUGGGGGAGAAAUGAGUGCUGGCUCCAAGGCUGUCAAUAUUAUUAGCAUUCUCGUGAGUGUGGCAGUCGGCGUCUUCACAGGCUGGUACAUCUACAAGCGCACUCUUGCCCGCGCAAAACAGCUUGAGGCUGAAGAGCGCGCCAAUCUCCGUGGUCCAGCAUCCAAUAAUCGGCCAACGACAACCUCGCCAGACGGGUUUGCUGAUGACCCAAAUUCUGACUCCCUUGCAAGGGACGAAGAAGAGGCAGUUGGUUUUGAUGAUGCCGUGGCCAUCGAUAUUGAUGAUGAUAAUGUUGCGCUUGACCCUGGUUAUCAUGACUUUACGGAUAACGAGUCAGAUAUCUUUGCUGACGGGGACGGGGACGACAAAGAUGAGACCUAUAAGCUGCAUCGGCAUGUGGACUCGAGAUAG